AUGGCCGCAGAACACCAUGGCCAUGGCAGGCCUGCUGCCGCUGCCGCUCCGAACGCCCCGCCUCCCUCCACGCUAGCUGCGCAGCUGGUCGAAAAUAUCUCGGCGUCGUCAAAGUCGACGCGGUCCGACGAGAACGCCGAGCUGAAGCGGCUGUUCGCCGUCAUCGAGAAGGUCAAGAACAAGCCCGACCUGCUCAAGGACGCCGGGCAGCGGACGGAGCACAACCACAUGCUCAUCUACGUCUACGCCCGCGUCGUCCUCGAAGGCAUCAAGCUCGACGACCCGUUUGCCGACCGGAACCACCUGCGGAGCGAGGCGCUCAAGGCAAUCGACUUCCUCAAGGUCACGAUCGAAGAGACGCCCAACGUCUUGAACCACACCACGGACGGGAAACAAUUUGUGUUCCGCGGGGAGGAGCCACUCUGGGUAUGGGUUUUCCCCAAGGUCCUCAGGUUGCUGGGGCACUCUCGCUGCCUCGACCUGACGGCCCCUAUCGAGGGCUUCUUCCAGUUCGUGCUUCUCGCGGUGAUCCGCGCGGGGUCGACGUGGAAGCUGCUCUCGUCCAUGAUCUUGUACCUGCGCGAGACCAGCAGUGCCCUUCUGAGCCGCCUGCAAGAAACGGUACCGAAUGUGACUGGAAGGGACGUUUCCAUAGAUAUCACACUGCCUUCGGCCGCUACACUGGAGCUCUUAUUGGGGAAACCCGGCACCCUCUUUGUCCAACAGACCACAUACACCGUCCAGCAUGUCUCGCAGGCCCUUUUUCAGGCUACGGCAUUGAUAUCCGCCUUGGCACACCCUUUAAUAUCCAAAAAUUCGAGUAUCAUAUCGCGACCAUCGCUGUCGGAGCUGACGCCUUGGCUACUCGAUUCCUUGCUUUCCAUCCGUGCUGUACAAAAUACCUGGCAAGCUGUUGCUCCCAGCCCUAGAGCCGACUUGCUAAAAAUUUCGCUCAAUCUGCUCCCCAACAAGCCUUCUCCUGUAAGGACAUCGCUGGCCUCGCAAAAGGCGUACACAUUGCUGGCGUUACUCUGCGCCGAGAUUUCCGCGCAUCCCGACGAGAUCCUGGGGAUUGAUGAACAGAGUCUGGCGGCGAGGAAGACACUGUCCCUGGCUCUCAUACGUCUGGCGCACGCGUCGCUCGUAGAUCGAGAGAUUGGCAGAAUAGCGGCUCCGAAAAUCGUCUUCCCGCUCGAGCUGGUGUGCUCCGAGGUCCAUUCGAUGGGUGAUGCCUAUGAUUUCCUGGUAUUCCUGAAACAGGCAUCCGCCUCCAUCGUGCCAGAGUCUCUUGACCCUGAAACACAGCCAGCAUGCUUCACCGAUGCUGAACUUCGCCAGGCUGUCGAAGAUCUUGGCAUCGGAGACCAUUCCGCCGAGGAAAGAGAGCCUGUAUCCAAGCGCAGGAAAGUCUCUUUGGGCGCCGGCGAGCUUGACGAUUUGACCGCACGGCUCUACAAAGUUCUCCAGGCAGACUCUAUUCCCGAUAAUGGGGCUUUGGAGCAUGCCUUCCUAAACCACUAUCCAGGACUAAGCGAAGAGGACCAGUGUAUAGCUAUCGACCUUGUCGCCCGCACAUGCUGUGUUGUGGAUAUGGUUGCCACGUACAAUGAGUCGAGCCCGAAGAGCAAGUGGCUCCGAUGCGUGUUGUGUGAUCGAAAACCUAGAAGCACCAAGAAACCCAAGAUCGUUACGGCUCAAGAGAAAAGCGACGCGCAGUCAAUUUUUACAAAGCUCAUCCACCUUGACUCGUUCAAGGAGUCAAGGCGACCAAGAGUCGUUGCCAUGAUUGCAAUGAGGCGGAUCAUCAACCACGCCGAUACCACACAACUAAUCGACAUUGAGACGUCUCCUCUGGGACAAUGGUGUCUACAAAGCUUACAUAGCUCGGUUAGAGAGCUUCGGAUUGCUUCAGGACGCGCUCUCCCUCUCUUCCUGGAAGAUACCAAUUCAAAUACAGUCGAUGUCGCUGUAGUCGAGCGUAACCGAAAGAACGCACUCAGCUUGCUCAAAGCUGCCUCGGAAACUGACGCGGUCAUAUUUCAUGAGAGUGGAAUUCUGGCCUGGAGCCAGCUUGGACGGGUCGUGACUGGGGAUGAGCUCAACCUUGUGCUGCACAAGCUGCUGGAGUACCUUGGCAGCAGCAACAGUCUGAUCGCAGCCUGUGCAUUCAACGAGAUUCUUGGCCUUGCAGCUGCACUGAAUACAACACCCCGUCGAUUGUUUGAGCCCUUUUGGAGGAACCUGGCGUACUUCGCUGUUAAGGACAUGAUUUCUCGGCCGCAGAUGACUCGUGCGAUUGCCGACCUGCUGCAGAUAUCUGUCACCGAUUUCCUUCUGCUUGUCCAGACACACGCGAUGCCGUGGUUGGUCUUGAUGAAGAAGAAAGACGUUAUCCAAAAGAUUGCCGAAGCACGGGGCGAAAAGGACGUAUGGGUCCCUAUCCUGGACACCGCAAAUGCUGGCCCUAUUCUUGCGCUGCUGCUCGUGCAAGAUGUGCGCAAUAUUGAGCAGUUUGUCAUGUCAAGACUAAUCGAAGUUGCUUCUCAUCUGGAGUCCUUUAGCCUGAUUGAGCUGAUGCAAGCAGAGGUCGUCACCAUCGUCCUUGAGUUGUUGAAGGCAGCCGGCGAGGCGGAUGAAGCCCGAAAACCACGGAUUAUCGAAGCACUCACAUCCUUUUGCUCCAUGAUGGCGGUGGCAAACAAGGAGUCGAAAUCGAAAAAGGGAAACAUCAUCGGAAGGUUCCUUCAAUCAUAUAUUCUCGGUCUCAUGGCCCGACUCGCGGAUGUUAUCAACGACAUGCCCCUCGUGUCGCCUCCAGUCGAGGAGCAGAGGCGAUGCGUACGGGCUAUGGAGGAGAUGAUUAGACUUUGCAAAGACUAUGUGCGCAUUGCGCGGCCUCAGAUAUCCGCAUGCCUGUUGUCAGCUUUGGCCCAAGACGAUUUGAGAGAAGCGGCGUUCUCUUGCUGGGCAGCUCUGCUCACGAAUCUCGAGUCGGAAGACGUCGAGGUAUUGCUCGAAACGACGUUCUUCGUCAUCGGUCACUACUGGCCCUUGUUCAAUGACAAGACUCGACAGAUGGCUAAAUCCUUGAUCACAACGCUGAUUGCGGAGUUCGAUUUAGUCCUCAGCGAGAACAUUAGCAAACUACCGUCCCUGGCCCAUGUACCAGAGCUGGCGGAUAUCGAAGCGCAGCUGAGCGCAAUGCGUCCAGCACUUGAUAGCAGGAGAGCAUUUGCCCUGUUUUCCGAGCGCAUAUCCCACGAAAACUCGGGUGUGGUAUUGCAGGCAUUGACCGAACUCGAGACCUAUCUUAAGCAAAGCGGGGGGUUUCUUCAGACUUCGGCAAUCAGCCAACAACCAGAUCCAGUCGUCGCCGCCAUGCUUCGAGCCCUGCUUGACUGUGCUUCAAAGUAUAGUUCUAUGCAGCUUGAUAUUGCCAGUCUCUGCACGCAGUGCAUCGGGCUUGUAGGCUGUCUAGACUCUAACAGGGUCGAGGCGCCCCGCAAACAGAAGUCGAUGGUUAUCUUGAGCAAUUUUGAAAACGCAGACGAGACGACCGACUUCGUGCUAUUCAUACUGGAGCAUAUUCUGGUUAGGGCGUUCUUGUCCACGACGGACACCAAACUUCAGGGCUUCCUGUCGUUCGCCAUGCAAGAACUACUCGAGAGAGUUGAUAUCGCGGCGGCGUGUGCGAUGAAGAAAACCGGCGGGAGGGAUGGUGGCACCAUCUACAGAAAGUGGCUAGCCCUGCCGGAGAGCGUCCGCAUGAUCCUUACGCCAUUUCUCUCGUCCAAGUAUCUCCUGACACCCAUGAACGUGGCCCCAGUCGAGUACCCCAUCUUCCGGCCAGGCAAGCCCUACGGAAACUGGAUGCGCUCGUUCAACAUGGAUCUCCUGCGCAAGGGACAGAACGGGCAUGCGGACCUGAUCUUUGACCCGUUAUGCCGCACCAUUCGAGUCAAGGAUUUGGCGGUAGCGGAAUUUUUGCUGCCUUAUCUUGUUCUGCACGUCAUCAUAGGUCACCGAAGUUCGCGUCAGGAGCGUGAUAAUGCCAUAGGUGAACUCGUUGGCAUUCUUCAGCAUCAACCCGCAGAAGACGCUCCACAUUCCGAACGAGCGGAUAUGAAGCUGUUCUGCGAGGCCGUCUUCCGGGUUCUCGAUUACGCGAGCAGGUGGCUUCAAGAGAAGAAUGCCAGGCGCAAGACCGAUCAUGACUUGCCCGCCAUUGCACGUGUUGAGCACCUGCUAAGUACGAUUCCGCCGGUGCUCAUAUCCCAACGUGCGAUGGACUGCAAAGAAUACCCCCGUGCGCUCUUCCAUCUCGAACAGCAUGCUCAACAAAUGGAGGUCGAGAAGAGCGAUCCAAGACAGAAAACGCUCCUCCUCGAGCAGCUACAGGAUAUUUAUACCCAAAUUGACGAGCCCGACGGGCUAGAGGGCAUUUCGGCUCAUCUCCACGUUCUCGACAUCAACCAGCAGAUCCUUAGUCACAAGAAAGCGGGUAGAUACACGGCCGCCCAGACGUGGUACGAGAUCAAGUUGGCGGAAGAGCCUGACAAUAUCGAUGUGCAAGCUGACCUCCUCAACUGCUUGAAACAAUCUGGUCAACAUGAUGUGCUGCUCAACUACGUGGAAGGCAUGCGGACGGAUCCUUCGACAGAGAACAAGAUUGUCCCCUUCGCCGUCGAGGCAGCUUGGGCCACGCGGAGAUGGGAUACGUUGUCCAAGUACACCAGUCGGUUCCACGGCAGUCCCUUGGAAGACUUCAACGUCAGCAUCGCGAAGCUGUUCGACGCACUACAUCAAAGAGGCGCCAACAGCGAGACUUUCCCCCGAAUGCUGCAGAGUAUGAGAGAGAAAAUUGCUUCCGCCAUGACUCACUCAGCAACCUCGUCUCUGCAGGCCUGUCACGACCUCAGACUCAGAUGUCAUGUGCUUACUGACCUGGAAAUAAUUGCCGGGAGUCCAGCCUCUGAAAACGAGGCACACCAAGAAGUGCUAAAGGUGCUGAAUCGCCGCCUGGAGGUCCUCGGGGCGUAUGUCAGCGACAAGCAGUAUCUGCUGGGCAUCCGCAGAGCAGCCAUGGAGCUUUCGCGGCCCAAGUUCUCCGAUCUGGACAUCUCAUCUCUCUGGCUGUCGAGCGCUCGAUUGGCCAGGAAGGCCAACUCAGCCCACCAGUCGUUCAACGCUGUACUUCACGCCUCUCAACUUGGCGAUGGAGCGGCAGUCAUCGAGAACGCUCGGCUGUUGUGGAAAGAUGGCCAUACUCGCAAGGCUAUCCAAGUCCUGCAAGGCGCCAUAGAAUCCAACAACUUCAUGACGCAGACCAACAGUUCUUCCUCCAUCCGGGGCAUGGAUGCCCAGCAAAGACAGCUGACGGCCAGAGCGCAGCUGAUGCUCGCCAAAUGGCUGGACGCCGCCGGCCAGACGAACCACGCCACUCUACUUGAAAAAUACCAGCAGCCCCCCAAAACCGCGUCAAGUUGGGAAAAGGGACACUACUACCUGGGACGCUAUUACAAAAAAGUGCUGGAAUCCGAAAAGACACUCAAGCCGGACGACCAAAGCGAUCCCUGCAUCCAGGGAGAAUACACCAGGCUCAUUAUCGAAAACUACCUGCGGUCACUGAAUUACGGCACCAAAUAUCUCUACCAGACCUUGCCGAGAAUCCUCACGCUGUGGCUCGAGUUCGGAGCACAGGUCGACAAGGCCCCCGAAGGCAAGGUCUCGCUGUCCCGUGAGCUCCAUAGGAGGCGAACGGAGCAGCUGAACCUCCUCCACCAGUUCCUCGACAAGUACAUUGUACGGCUUCCGGCGUACAUCUUUUACACGGCGCUUCCCCAGAUCGUGGCGAGAAUAGCCCAUCACAACUCAAGCGUCUACGAGCGGCUGAUGCACAUUGUUAUCAAGGUUGUGGAGUCGCAUCCUCGGCAAGCUCUCUGGAGCCUGUUCGGCAUUAUGACAACGCGGCAAGCGUCGGAGCGCAAGGCGCGAGGGCAACAGAUCCUGCAGACGCUUCGGGGGAUUUCUCGCAAGGUCGAUGGCGGCAGCUAUGACCUCAAGACGCUUCUGAGGAUGGGCGAGAAGCUCGCGGAGCAGCUUUUGCUGGCGUGCAACAACGGAGACUUCCAGAGCAACAGGACAACGGUGGCGAGCAUCACGCGGGAUCUGAACUUCAACCACAAAUGCACGCCCUGCCCCCUGGUGGUGCCGAUCGAGUCGUGCCUGACGGCUGCUCUACCGACGCUGACGGACAACGUCAAGAAGCACAAGGCGUUUGCGCACGACGUCAUCACAAUCGACUCGUUCCUGGACGAAGUGCUGGUUCUUGGGUCUCUGGCCAAGCCACGACGGCUUACGGCUCGCGGAACGGACGGAAGGAACUACAUGCUCAUGAUCAAGCCCAAGGACGAUCUUCGCACCGACCAGCGGCUGAUGGAGUUUAACAGCAUGAUCAACCGGUCGUUGAAGCGGGAUCCCGAGGCCAGCAGGCGGCAGCUGUACAUCAAAACGUACGCGGUGGUGCCGUUGAACGAAGAGUGCGGCAUCAUCGAGUGGGUGGACGGGCUGAAGACGCUGCGGGAGAUUCUCCUGGAGCAGUACAAGACUCGGUCGGUGCACCCGGACUACAACCAGAUCAAACGGAUGAUGGCUGAGGCAGUGACGGGACCGAACAACAUCAAGAUGUUCACCGAGGGCGUGCUAGGGACGUUCCCGGCGGUGCUGCAGCAUUGGUUCGUGCAGCGGUUCCCUCAUCCUUCGACAUGGUUUUCGGCGCGGCUCAGGUACACGCGGUCUUGCGCCGUCAUGUCGAUGGUGGGCACGAUUUUGGGACUCGGGGACCGGCACGGCGAGAACGUGCUCUUGGAACGCGACAACGGCGGCAUCUUCCACGUGGACUUCAACUGCCUCUUCGACAAGGGCUUGACGUUUGCGCAACCGGAGAGGGUUCCGUUCCGGUUGACGCACAACAUGGUGGCGGCGAUGGGGAUUUACGGGUACGAAGGCCCGUUCCGGCACUGCAGCGAGCUCACGCUGGGGAUCCUCCGGCAACAGGAGGAGACGUUGAUGACGAUCCUCGAGGCGUUCAUCUACGACCCCACGCUCGACCUGCAGAAGGAGAAGAAGACGAGCCGUAGGCAGGACGGGGCGCCGCGGAUGCAGCCGCAGCUUGUGGUGGACAGCAUCAAGCGGAAAGUCAAGGGGCUGAUGGGGCACGACACGAUCCCGUUGGGUGUGGAGGGACAGGUGGAAGAGCUGAUCAAGCAGGCCGUCGACCCGAGGAACCUGGCGGCCAUGUACAUUGGGUGGUGUCCGUUCUUGUGA